CCUACGGAGGUUCCAAACUUGGACUCCACAAUGGGAAACUGGCUGGCUAGCCACUGGCUCUCAGUUUUGUUUCUGGUGUCUUGGUUGGGGCUGAACAUGUUUCUGUUUGUGUAUGCCUUCCUGAAUUAUGAGCAGUCUGACAGGUACUAUUACACAAGACAAAUUCUUGGGACCGCCUUGGCCUUUGCCCGAGCCUCUGCUUUCUGCUUGAAUUUUAACAGCAUGAUGAUCCUGAUUCCUGUGUGUCGCAAUCUGCUGUCCUUCCUGAGGGGCACCUGCUCAUUUUGCAACCGCUCACUGAGAAAGCCAUUGGAUCACAACCUCCUCUUCCAUAAGCUGGUGGCAUAUAUGAUCUGCAUAUUCACAGCUAUUCAUGUCAUUGCACACCUAUUUAACUUUGAACGCUACAGUAGAAGCCAGCAGGUCAUGGAUGGAUCACUUGCCUUUGUUCUCUCCAACCUCUCUCGUCAUGAGAAAGAAAAGGAUUCUUGGCUAAAUCCCAUCCAGUCUCCAAACACGACAGCGAUGCAUGCAACGUUUACCAGUGUUGCUGGCCUUACUGGAGUGAUUGCCACAACAGCAUUGGUUCUCAUGGUAACAUCAGCUAUGGAGUUUAUCCGCAGGAAUUAUUUUGAGCUCUUCUGGUAUACGCAUCACCUUUUUAUCGUCUAUAUCAUCUGCUUAGGGAUCCACGGCCUGGGUGGAAUUGUCCGGCGUCAAACGGAGGAAAGCAUGGGUGAAAGUCAUCCCCACAAUUGUUCAAAGUCUUUUCUUGAGUGGGAUAAGUAUGAAUGGAGUUGCAGACAUCCUCACUUUGUGGGGCACCCCCCUGAGUCUUGGAAGUGGAUCCUGGCACCAAUCGCUUUAUAUAUCUUUGAAAGGACCCUUCGCUUUUACCGCUCCCAGCAGAAGGUUGUGAUUACUAAGGUUGUCAUGCACCCAUCGAAAGUUUUGGAACUGCAGAUGUGCAAGCGUGGCUUUAGCAUGGAAGUGGGACAGUAUAUAUUUGUAAAUUGCCCCUCCAUUUCCUUCCUGGAGUGGCAUCCCUUUACUCUGACCUCUGCUCCAGAGGAAGAAUUUUUCUCCAUUCAUAUCCGAGCAGCAGGGGAUUGGACAGAAAAUCUCAUAAGGACAUUUGAACAAAGGCCCUCCCCAAUGCCCAGGAUUGCGGUGGACGGCCCCUUUGGCACAGUCAGUGAGGAUGUUUUCCAGUAUCAAGUGGCUGUACUGGUUGGGGCAGGGAUUGGGGUCACUCCUUUUGCUUCCAUCUUGAAAUCUAUCUGGUACAAAUUCCAGCGUGCAGACCACAAGCUCAAAACACAAAAGAUCUAUUUCUACUGGAUCUGCAGAGAGACAGGUGCUUUUGCCUGGUUCAACAACUUACUGAAUUCCCUGGAACAAGAGAUGGAGGAAUUAGGCAAAAUGGAUUUCCUAAACUACCGUCUCUUUCUCACUGACUGGGAUAGCGACAUUGCUGGUCAUGCAGCAUUAAACUUUGACAAAGCCACGGACGUCCUGACAGGUCUGAAACAGAAAACCUCCUUUGGGAGACCAAUGUGGGACAAAGAGUUUUCCAGAAUAGCUGCUGCUCACCCCAAGUCUGUAGUGGGGGUUUUCUUAUGUGGCCCUCGAACUUUGGCGAAGAGCCUGCGCAAAUGCUGUCAGCGAUACUCAAGUCUCGAUCCUAGGAAGGUUCAAUUCUACUUCAACAAAGAAACUUUCUGAAUUACAGAAAGCAGCACAGUAGCCCAAAACCUUGCAGUCAGCUACUAGAUAAUACUGUGCCUCACAAGGACUUCACUCCCUCCUUUUAAAAGCUUGCAUUCAACUUAUAAUUGAGCUUUGCCAACCUGAUAUCUGCAUAAGCCACAAUAAUUUCAAAGCACAUGAAUUGGGUUUUGUGGGAUAGUUGUAAAUCCUGGGAAACCUGACUUCAGCUGAGCUUUGCUGGUUGACACUUGCACAAUCUAACCCCUGGUGUCUUGGUUGAUUCCUGAACUUAGUUGACAAUCUCCCCUCCCACUUGUCCCUCACAAAAGAUUUCUAAGUAGGGUGACUUUUAAAAUAUUUAUUGAAUCCACGACAAAACAAUAAUCAUAAAUACACAACAUAAAAUUACCAAGAUUCCCACUCCCAUAUCAUACUUACUAGGUACAUUGUUAAACACAAUCUUAUCCAGUGUGACCAACAGUUUACACUUUGUUUUGUCAAGAAAAACUGAAAAGUUUCGUCUUUGCUUAUUGAACAAUUUUGCUUACUUUUCCUAGAAUUUCCAUCUGAAGUUUAUUAACCAAUCAAAUUUGAAUUAGAAGCCUAUAUUGCCAUUUUGUAUUGUUUGAAUUAACUGGGAAGGCCUGGCCUACAUCAUGGAAUAACUUAAUUCAGCAGCAGCUCUCUACUAUUUUUGUUAAAGGAGUUUUUGAAUGUCUCGUAUAAAAAAAAUAAAGAUUUUUAUAAAUUUGACUAUUUUCCAGGUUUU